GCGCCUGUUGACCAUCCAGUGUCGUCUUCGAGUCUACCCGGUCAAGACUCGGCAUGUGCUGCGGGAAUCCUCUCUGUCUGACUCCUAGAAAUAAAUUUCUCUGCAGGUGGAAUGCCUCCUGUUCCUCAAGUGGCUCAAGAGAUUAGCCAGGAGCAAAGCCAACGGCAAAAUGGACCAAACUUGUCAAGUUUGCAUAGUUCCUUACCUGUUCCACACAGCAGGAACACAGCUUUUCUUCGGCAAGUACAACCAGCAGGCUGUGAUAAGAAGCAUGUGCUUUUGGUCCCAACUCCAGUUCCUGUACGGCAACAGGAAAAUGAGAUUCUGCAGCAAGUAACAGCACUGAGGAGGGAAGGUUUAUGGUCUCUGAAACGUCUGCCCAAACUCCAAGAGGCCCCACGGCACAAAUCACACCAUGACUAUCUUUUGGAAGAAACGCAGUGGAUGGCAACUGAUUUUGUUCAAGAAAGAAGGUGGAAGAUAACAACUGCCAAGAGACUGAUUUUAAGUGUGGCUCGUCAUCACGAGGAUACGGUACUUCAUAAGGAAAAAUGCAAGAAAAGAGAAGAGACGCAACUGAGGACUGUUGCUGCUUUUACUGCUAGAGAAAUUGAACAUUUCUGGUCCACCAUUAAACAGGUGGUAGAUUUAAAACGGCAAGUAGAGUUAGAAGAGAGGAGGAAGAAAGUAUUAAACUCACAGAAUAUCUCAGAAAAAGAAUUAAGAGACUGCUUGAAUAAGAAAGAGAGCCUUCAGAAGGAAGUGGUGCUUCCAGAUCUUCUCACACCUACUGUAAAGAAAUACAUGGGAGAUUUAGCAGACACCGCUGCUGUUGCGAAAGCGUUGUUACCCAAAGGGAUGCAACAUUCUAUCUCCAGAGAUAAUUUGGCACAAAUACUGCCAAAACUGAAGGUGACUAGGAAGCUUAUUGAAGAGAUCUACUGUUCUCCUUCGUCACCCAGACUCGAGCCGAUGAGACUCAAACCAAAUAGGUUAUUUACACUGGUGCGGUAUGGACAGAAGCCCGAAGGUAGGGCUAGAGACUUCUCAAGGUCUCAGUUGCAGCAGACAGUGGACACAGCAACAGUGAUGGCAGAUCAUAAUGAGAAAAUACAAAGACGACAACCCCUUGCCAUGUUUUCAGAAAAUCAGCAUAGGAAAAGGUGGCAAGAUAGUUCUCGGCCCAAUGGCUUCCACAGCUGGAGCACAGGAGAGACUUGCUCAGCCAGAGAAGCCUGUAACAUUACAGUUUAG